CCGAUGGUCUCCAUGGAAACGUCGUCCACCACGCUGAAGGGGGAAAAGUAUCAGCAGUAACGCUAACGUUAGUUCUCUGACCUUAACCAAGACAUACUAUACAAUCUGACAUAAUUGGAUAUUAUGAACCAAUUUCAGAAUUUGAUAAAUGACUGUCUUAUCGAUACAAAACACGUGGAAAGCGCUGUCAUUCUGGUUGCCAAGACUGCAGCAGUAACUGCCGCGUCUGCAAGGUUUCAGGUUCUUCCCACACAAGCCCAGAUUUUCAUAGACUCUUUCAAGCACAUGACAUUGACCAGAGAGCGGGGCUUCUACUUCCAAGACAAAGCAUACACCUGUGUCCGAGCUGACAGGAACUCCAUCUACUGCAAAUGUGGAACACAUGGCUUGAUUCUUGUGAAGACUGCUCUGUACAUCAUAGUGGCCACAUACAACGACAGCAUGUAUCCUAGCGUGUGUGUGGAGGCUGUCGAGAAACUAGGUAGGGGGAUGUUGGUGCUUCUAACAGCAUACAAGCUUCAACAGCUUUCAACUGAAGGUUUUAAAGCUGUGUACCUCAAGGAUAAGGGGAAAUGAAGCACAAACUGAGGAGGAGCAGCAUUCUGAUGGAUGAAACUGAUGAAGUGGACUGGUCAAAAACAGUUGCCUACAGGUCCAUGUUAGGCCACCUGCUAAGGAGGACAAACAUGUUUAGGAGAAAGUCAGUGUGCGUUUUGUUUUCUUUCUAUGAACUUGCCCCUGUCCUCUCUCACAGUAUACAGGUUUAACCACUAGGUGGUAGUAAAUAGUAAUUAACCCAGCUACGUGGUCCAAGAACAGAUUUGAGUGCAGAGAACCUCUUAGAACAGGGAUUAUGACCAACCAUGGUCAAUGAGAUGCUGUAGUUCUGCUCCUCAGCAGACAGACAGGGGCUUCGUGGCUAAAGGCCUUUUAAAACUGUCUGUGUUCAUCGCAGACGUUCUGUUCAAAUGCUUCAAUCACUCUCCACCCCCUCUGGUGAUAACAUGACUAACCUAGCUACACACUCGCACGUACACACACACACCCUGACGUAGCCUUGAUGAGUGUUUCAGACCUGAAAUGUGUAAAUGAAUUUCCUCAUGUGAACAAAUAAAGGAAAUCUGUAACUGAGUCAAAACAUCAAAGAACCACCACUAUAUUUUACAGUAGGGAUGAGGUGUACUCUGCAUAUUUUACAGUAGGGAUGAGGUGUACUCUGCAUAUUUUACAGUAGGGAUGAGGUGUACUCUGCAUAUUUUACAGUAGGGAUGAGGUGUACUCUGCAUAUUUUACAGUAGGGAUGAUGUGUACUCUGCAUAUUUUACAGUAGGGAUGAUGUGUACUCUGCAUAUUUUACAGUGGGGAUGAAGUGUACUCUGCAUAUUUUACAGUAGAGAUGAGGUGUACUCUGCAUAUUUUACAGUAGGGAUGAGGUGUACUCUGCAUAUUUUACAGUAGGGAUGAGGUGUACUCUGCAUAUUUUACAGUAGGGAUGAGGUGUACUCUGCAUAUUUUACAGUAGGGAUGAGGUGUACUCUGCAUAUUUUACAGUAGGGAUGAGGUGUACUCUGCAUAUUUUACAGUAGAGAUGAGGUGUACUGCAUAUUUUACAGUAGGGAUGAGGUAUACUCUGCAUAUUUUACAGUAGGGAUGAGGUGUACUCUGCAUAUUUUACAGUAGGGAUGAGGUGUACUCUGCAUAUUUUACAGUAGAGAUGAGGUGUACUCUGUAUAUUUUACAGUAGGGAUGCGGUGUACUCUGCAUAUUUUACAGUAGGGAUGAGGUGUACUCUGCAUAUUUUACAGUAGGGAUGAGGUGUACUCUGCAUAUUUUACAGUAGGGAUGAGGUGUACUCUGCAUAUUUUACAGUAGGGAUGAGGUGUACUCUGCAUAUUUUACAGUAGGGAUGAGGUGUACUCUGCAUAUUUUACAGUAGGGAUGAGGUGUACUCUGCAUAUUUUACAGUAGGGAUGAGGUGUACUCUGCAUAUUUUACAGUAGGGAUGAGGUGUACUCUGCAUAUUUUACAGUAGAGAUGAGGUGUACUCUGCAUAUUUUACAGUAGGGAUGAGGUAUACUCUGCAUAUUUUACAGUAGGGAUGAGGUGUACUCUGCAUAUUUUACAGUAGGGAUGAGGUGUACUCUGCAUAUUUUACAGUAGAGAUGAGGUGUACUCUGUAUAUUUUACAGUAGGGAUGAGGUGUACUCUGCAUAUUUUACAGUAGGGAUGAGGUGUACUCUGCAUAUUUUACAGUAGGGAUGAGGUGUACUCUGCAUAUUUUACAGUAGGGAUGAGGUGUACUCUGCAUAUGCGUCGUUGUUUCGGAAGGACUAACCCACCACUGGUGUGCUUGGGCUAAUACCUACAUUUUCAUGUCAUCUGACCAUACCACUGCCUGGAGUUUGCUAAAUGGCUUUGACACUUGUAUUGGAAUUGUUGCUAUGGUUAUAUGACAAGAAAAUAGAGCUCUGGCCACACUGCAGCAGUGGCUUUGGCCUUCAAAAGAACAGCACAUAUGCAGAAAAUACCUCAUCCCUACUGUAACACAUGCAGAAAAUACCUCAUCCCUAUUGUAACAUAUGCAGAGUACACCUCAUCCCUACUGUAACAUAUGGUGGUGGAUCGUUGAUGUUAUGGGGCUAUUUUACUUCCGCUGGUCCAGGGGCCCUUGUUAAGGUCAACGGCAUCAUGAACUCUACCAAGUACCAGGACAUUUCUGCCCAAAACCUGGUUGCCUCUGCCAUGAGGCAGAAACUUGGCCGCAAGUGGAUCUUCCAGCAAGACAAUAACACCAAGCAUAAAAUAAUAAUAAAUGUUUUAGCAUGC